AUGCCUUUGAACGUUUUCCGAGUCGCUGAUCUCUUCAAAACCGAUAGCCUCUACAACUUCAUCUUCAAGAUCAUGUUCCUUGGCUCCCAAGGUUACAUCAUCUACCUCAUGACCAACGCCUACAAGCCUACCAACGAUCCCAAUGUCGACACCUUCCGAGUCCAGUACCUCCUCGCGGGAGCUGCUGUCCUCGCCAUCGUCUUCCCCUAUCACUACACCAUCUCGGAGAUUCUGUGGGCCUUCUCCAUCUGGCUCGAGUCUGUGGCUAUUCUCCCCCAGCUCUUCAUGCUUCAGCGCACCGGCGAGGCAGAGACCAUCACCACCCACUAUCUCUUCGCUCUCGGCAGCUACCGUGCUCUCUACAUCCCCAACUGGAUCUAUCGAUACUUCGCCGAGACUAACCACAAGGUCGACACCAUCGCUAUCAUUGCUGGUAUCGUCCAGACCGUUCUGUACAGCGACUUCUUCUACAUCUACUACACCAAGGUCAUGAAGGGCAAGAAGUUCAAGCUCCCCGUCUAA